GGCCCGCCCACCAUAUCGGCGAUAGCAUCGAAUUAUAUCUCACAGUUGAAUGUUUAUAUAUCAUACCAAACAGCGCCGAUGACAGAUUGUGGUAUGCAGUGCAGUUCAUGUCGUGUGCGAAUAUCGCUAGAUUGGUUUAAAUGGUAUUGAAACAAAUUAAUCCUACGAAAUUAUAUUUUAAAUGAAACUCUUUGAUUUGAAAACUUGGGAUAAUUAUAAAGUCGUUCAAGUGCUAAAUGCAGUUGUUUUAUCAGCGGAAUCAGUCAUGAAUGUUAAUUAAUAAAUGUCGAGCCCUAGGGCGGUUUUACGUAUGGAUUGUUUCAACGCGUGUCAGAUGUUGUUAAACAAGGCGGAGCGUGCUUGCGAACAUUUAUGCGCUUUCAAAAGCACAACGGUAUCGCGGGCGACUAGGGCGAAUACAGAAUAGAUCUAAACAAAGUUGAGAAAGACUUAGUGUACAACAACACAAUACUACCGGACUACCUGGAUUGCUGCAUUUAAUGCACUCUGUAUACGUUUUCAUUCUCAAAACGGGUUUGCGAUUGGAUAUGACGAGUCGGAUACAGCUCAUUUGUGAAAGAAAUCAUCACUUCUUCUGUUAACCGAUGUUGGCCUCACUUGUUGAGAAAACACACAAUCAAAGUAUCCGAUGAACCUUUGUUCACGGGUCAAUAUCAAUCAAUACGGAGAAUAAAAUAAACAAACAUGCUGUGUAUAUAUAAAUAACACAAUUAGGUGACAGAUUAUUGCAGUGUAAUAUUCUAAAAAUGUGAAGAUGGAAACAAAAUGGAUAAAUAAAAUAUAUUAAAUAUGUGUGAUAAAAGACAAAGUGUAAAUUCUCUUUUAAACGGUGGAAAUAAAGUUUCAUUUAAAUCGUUAUUAACGUUUUGUCGACUAAAUGUGAUUUUAAGCGCCGUAUGCCUUCUCCCGCUUUGCGCCGCACAGUGUCCAACGAGCGACCGGGUGCAAGUGACGACACAAGAGUGCUUCCGGCAGUACAGCAUCCAGAAGGUAUAUGUGGACAGAAGCGAGCGGCGAUUAUACUCUGGCGUCGAUAUAGAAAUACUCAGAGCAUACUGCAGUUCGUACUUGGAGGCGUACACUUGUGUUCGUCAGCUUCUCCAGUCUUGUCCGACCUCUUAUCAUAAGGACAUCAAGACCGCACUUACACCCUACGCAGACGAGCCUGAGUUGACGGAGCUGUGUAAAACACAUCGCCUCUAUGAAUUGUACGCCCAGUAUAUGAUGUGUUUUUCGGAUCGAGGCAAGAAGUCGGACUGGUGCUUUGAUAAGGAGAUAAACAGCUCAGUGAUGCACGUACACCAAGUGGAUGUACAGGAACUGUGCAAUCGAAUGGUUUCCGUGACACGAUGUAUCGAAAGCAACAUCCGGCUCGGCUGCGGUGAGCAGGCGGCGGAGCUCGUGCACCUCCUUGUCAAGCCCACGGUUCCCGGAAGUGGUCAGUGCGUGUACCCGCUGAAUCCGGAGACGACAUCUACCGUCAGGCGCACCCAAGUUCAACAACCAACCAAUAAACCUUCCGGUUCUGUAUCGUCGUCAAAGAAAUCAAACAGCACUGAAGCCUUCCAUCCGAACCCAGUUUUAUCGAUAUUGACGUUGAUUUUAUCAAUUCGUUUUCAACUGUUUAAGGCCCUGCCGUCCUGACAUCUUAUUUAGUUUAUAUUUAAUAGAUGUGUAAGGUAUUUUUAUUUUCUAAGCAGCCAUUUGCUUAUAUUGCAUUGGAUGAGGUUCUACAAUUGCUCUUUCAGAAUAAACCAAACAAAUGUUCUAUGUAAACUUUGUUGGUUUCGGUUCCUUUCACUAAAAAUUAUAAAUAGAACGUUGCACGGUGCCUUACGCAUUUUUAACACCGUUGUGCUUUUCAGUAUGAAUAUAACCGGGUGUUGCGAAAAUGGUUCCUGUAAAAAGACGUUUUUAUUGUUUACGAUCCAAUAUGGCUAUUUUGUGCGCAAGUACCAGAGGGCAUAGGCAAUACAUUGUUUACACGAUUAGGUCGUCAUACGCCUCAUACAGAUUGGUUUACUAGUUAUAUAAUAGUAUUUAUUGAAGUUUGAUCAAAUCAAAGCUUAACACUUUAAAAAUGAGUUUCAAACGUUUUCACAAAUAAUUUGUAUCGAUUUCAAAGGUUGUACUAUUUGUUAUUUCUUUUAAUAUAUUGAUCGAUAAUCAGCUAUCUUCCCGAUGGAAUAAAACGUACUUUUAAUGUGAAUAUACUAAAUAAGAUGGUGUAAACAUCGGGUCUUCUACCUAUAUCAAAUACGAUAUGCAUGUAUAUGUUAUAAGAAAAACAACUGCUCGACGAUGGCAAUUUCGUGGGUUAAGACUAACAUUAUCAAUUUGGAGAUCGUUGAUAAGAGUAUGUUCAUACGCAAAACAUGUUUUACCAUGUAAAGUGCAAACAUUUGUAAUGUUUUUGUGUCUACAUUCAAAUAACAUUGGAUUGUAUAACGAUAGUGCCUGAAUGUUGCUCUUUAGGCAAUGUUUUACAUAUAACUAGUCGCAAUUGCUCUGUCACGGCAAGUGCAAGUAUAAUUGUGUUUUGCCUCAUUUUCCAGAAACAUGUUUUCAACAAGAAUACGACCUUUGCAUCUUAUGUUAGACAUAUUGAUUGAAAUUCUCUUAAGGUCAGAACAUCCUUAUUGGCUGUUAUUGUGGUUGUGCAAUAAAUGCAUUCAAAAAAAUGCGAAAUACAUAAAAAUGUAUUGCCACAAAACAAAAACAGAUUAUCGCCAAACAUAUAGUUUAAUACACAUAUUUGACAAAAUGUAAGAAAAAUGUCAAACUUGUAAUUCUAAAUUAAGUUGACUGUCUGGCAAUAUUCUUUAAUAUGGUUUAUUUACAUAACUUUGAUAAUAAAAUAUUUAAUUUCUAUAUUAAAUUGUGAAAUAAAUGCGUUCUCAUAUAUAAACCGCUUAUAUAUUCCGUACAUACAUGUGUGGUAUUUUAGCAACUGUGUACUUGUUACCGACAUUUUUAAUUAUAACGUGCUUUUUUACAAGAUAUGUACGAGAUGAUUAUUUAACUAAAUGUAUCAUGGUCUAUGUCUUUACAAAAGAUCAUAUAUAAUCAUGUUACCUAUGCAAAAAGUACUGGAAUCUUGCUAGUAUUAACAACGUGUGUUCAAAAUUAUUGUUUCACUUCGCUUUCCCAUAUUUAUGACUGACAUGGUCAGUACUUAGUCAUUGUAUUGCAUAUACAUUCUACAUGAUGUACAUAGUCGAUUUUAUUGCAAUCUAUUGCUAAUUUAUAAAUGCAA